AUGAUGUCAAAGAGAUAUUCAAGAGAUUGGGUGUGAUCGAUGUAUUCGAGAACCAUGCCGAUCUAUCUGGAAUCACUGAGAAUUCCAAGCUGAAGGUUUCAAAAGGAAAAGUUCCAAAGGAAAAUGGAGUCUAUCCUCUGUCUGUGUGUGUUACUUGUUGGGCUUUAUGCUGUUGUCCAGCCUCAUCACAUACCUGACCACCACAAUGACCAGGAUGGUCAGACAGAUAUUAAUCCCCCACAGCAGCUUACCUCAGUUGGAGGCAAUGUCGUAACUGAAAACACGACCUUUCUCAAACUAGCUCCUAGCAAUGCUGACUUUGCAUUUAGAUUCUACAAGCAGAUUAAAUCAGAAGCAGCUGACAAGGAUAUUUUCUUCUCUCCUCUAAGCAUCUCCACUGCCUUUGCAAUGCUGACAUUAGGUGCCAAGUCAACCACUCUAAGUCAAAUUCACAAAGGACUCUUCUUUAACCCGACAGAGAUUGAGGAGAGGGAUACACAUGAAGGUUUUCAUCAUCUCAUCCACAUGUUAAACCGUCCUGACAGUGAGAUCCAGCUGAAUAUGGGAAAUGCCCUUUUUGUAGAUGAUCGACUGACACUACUAGAGAAGUUUUUGGCUGAAGUCAAAAGUCUGUAUGAGUCUGAAACUUUUCCUAGUAACUUCCAGAAUUUUGCAGUAGCUGAGAAACAGAUCAAUGAUUACAUAGAGAAGAAAACCCAUUGGAAAAUUGACAACUUGGUCAAGUAUCUUGAUUCGCCCACUGUAAUGGUUCUUGUCAACUAUAUUUUCUUUAAAGGCAAGAUGUUCUACAAAUGGGGAGCCCCCUUCAAGAGUGCCCAUUCCAGAGAUGAUGGAGCCGACUUUUUUGUGGAUGCAAAAACAUCUGUCAAAGUUAAUAUGAUGAACAGUGACAAAACAUAUAACCAUACCAGUGACGAGGAGCUGUCUUGCUGGGUGGUUGAAAUCCCAUACAAAGGAAAUGCUGCUGCGCUAUUUAUUCUGCCUGAUGAAGGAAAAUGGAGCAGUGGAGGAGCUCUGUUGAAGGAAACUAUGUGUAAAUGGACCAAAAUCACUUCAACAAAGGCUCUUCACAAGGCCGUGGUGGAUGUUCAUGAGAAUGGUAUUGAGGCUGCAGCAGUCACUAUCAUGGAAAUCAAAUUCAUGUCUGCUCCCUUCCCUGAUCCUCCUACCAUUAAGUUUAACCGGCCUUUCCUGAUGCUGAUUAUUGAUAAAAACACCCACAGUAUCCUCUUCAUGGGGAAAAUCGUAAAUCCUAUAGAAAAAUAAGUGUACAGUUACUGUACAUGUCCCAGUGCUUCAAAGGAGUUGUUUUUAAAUGCCCAGGAGUAUGUGCAUGUACCACAGAGCACUUGGUGCCAGUGACUGUAACUAAAUUGCA